AUGGAGUUUGUUAUUGCCAUCGUUGGCUCUAUUGUCGCUAAAGCUGUAGAGUAUACGAUCUCUCCUAUCAAAAACCAUGUCAAAUACCUUUCCAAUCAUCAGAAAUAUGUUGAGACCCUCAAGAACCGAGCUAAUAGGCUGAAAGAUGCAAGGGACGGAGUGCAGCAUUCUGUUGAUGCAGCUAAACGAAACGGUGAAGAGAUCGAAGGUGAUGUUGACAAAUGGCUGUCUGCAGUCGACAAAAAGAUCCUUGAACAAGUAGAGAAAGUGAUGCAAGAUGAAGAAAAAGCAAAGAAAAAGUGUUUCAUUGGUUUGUGUCCUAAUUUCAGGACUCGUUACAAGCUUAGCCUGAAAGCUGAAGAGGAGGCAAAGGCUGUUGCCGAGCUACUUGAACAUGGCAAGUUUGAAAGGGUUUCCUAUCGUGCAGCUCCGCAAGGUAUCGUGGUUGCACCAGUUAAAGGUUAUGAGGAAUUCGAGUCAAGAACGUCGAUUUUGAACGGAAUAAUGGAGGCACUAAAAGAUGAUAGCGUCAGCGUUGUUGGGGUGCAUGGUAUGGGUGGGAUUGGAAAAACAACGCUGGUCAAAGAAAUCGCUAGAAAGGUCAAGGACAAGUUGUUUGAUUCGGUUGUCAUAGCAACCGUAACUCAAGCCAUCGAUAUUGAGAAGAUUCAGAACCAAAUUGCAGACUCCUUGGGCUUGAAAUUUGAGGAACAGAGUAUGGUUGGAAAGGCAUUUCGACUACGAGAAAGAUUGAAGAAGGAGGAGAGGAUUCUCGUUGUCUUGGAUGACAUUUGGGGAAAGGUUGAUAUUGAGGAAGUAGGGAUUCCUUUGGGAGAUGAACACAAGGGCUGCAAAUUACUAUUAACUUCUAGAGAGCUCAAUGUUUUAUCAAAUGGGAUGGAUGCUCAGAAAAAUUUUCCCAUUGGGUUUUUAAAUGAAAAGGAAGCCUGGGACCUGUUCAAGAAGAAGGCUGGCGACUGUGAUGAAAGUUGCGAUUUGAAGCCUAUAGCUAUGGAGGUAGCCAAAAAAUGUGCAGGACUGCCGAUAGCCAUUGCGACAGUUGCAGGGGCUUUGAGAAACAAAAGAUUGUUUGAAUGGAAGAAUGCUUUACGAGAACUGGAGAGGCCUUCGUCAAGCAACUUCACGGGGAUAGCUGCGGCAUAUUCAGCUAUAGAGUUGAGUUUUAAUUAUUUAGAAAGCGAGGAAGUUAAGCUGACUUUCUUGCUUUGCAGUGUAAUAGGCCACAAUGGUCUCGUUGAGGACUUGGUAAGAUAUACUCUAGGUUUGGGUUUAUUUGAUGGUGUCCACACUUUGGAAGAAGCUAGAAAUAAAGUAUUGACGGUUGUGGCUAAUCUCAAAGCGUCUGCCUUGUUGCUUGAUAGUUAUAAUGAUAAGAGCUUUGAUAUCCAUGAUGUUGUUUGGGAUGCUGCUAUAGCUAUUGCAUUGAAGGACUACCGUAUGCUUGUUUUGAGAGAUCAUGCUCCAAAAGAGUGGUCCGAUAAGGAGAAAAUGAAGACGUGGAGUGUGAUCAGCUUACGUUGUCCUCAGAUUAUAGCUAACCUUCCCAAGGAGAUAGAGUGUUCAGGACUUUCCUUUUUCCAUGUGGCCUAUGAUGGCGCGGUUAAAAUUCCUCUCAAUUUCUUCAAACAAACCGAAGGCCUCAAAGCCUUAGAUUUGGUCGGAAUGCAGUUUCCAUCCCUCCCUGAAUCAAUUAUUCACCUUGCAGACCUUCGCAUGUUGUGUCUGAAAAAAUGUGCAGUUGAUGACAUAACCAUCCUUGGAGAGCUCAAGAGUUUACAAGUACUCAACCUUUCUCUGUCAGGUAUGAAAGAACUACCUAAGGAGAUGGCACAAUUGACUCAAUUAAGGUUGUUAGAUUUGCGUGGGUGUAGAGAACUCAAAAUCAUCCCACCGAAUGUCUUAUCAGGUUUGUCUAAAUUAGAAGAAUUAUAUAUGAGUAGGAGCUUUGUUGAAUGGGAAAAAGGAGGAGUAGUUGAAAAUGAGAGGAAAAAUGCAAGCCUUGAUGAAUUAAACAAUUUGCCUUGUCUAACUACUUUAUAUGUUCAUAUUCUUGAUGUCCAAAUGAUACCAAAACACCGGUUUGUUGAAACAUUGGACAGAUUCAGGAUUUUCGUAGGUAAUUAUGGAAUAUAUGAUUGUUGCCAUAAUUAUGAAUCUCCGAAAGCAUUGAAGCUCAUGUUAUAUGCAAACAUUGAUUUGGACAAUGGGAUGAAAAUGUUGUUGAUAAAGACAGAAGAUUUGUGCCUAGAGGGGCUUGAAGGCGUCAAGAAUGUACUUAUGGAGUUAAAUAAUGGGAAAGAUCUUCCCAAUUUAAAGAGACUUCAUGUCAGAAAUGGUAGGCAUGUCCAAUAUAUUAAAACAAACAAAAUUGGAUUUUCUGAAUUAUGCUUCAUCAAACUUGAAAAUCUACCGCAACUUGUUAGCUUUUGCUCUUCAGACGAAAGGUGUUCCACUAAGCCCUUACUACUUUUCAAUAAACAGACAUGUCAUUGGGUUACGAAUUUGAGGAGCUUGAUCAUCAAAGGAUGCGGCAAGUUGGAGCAUCUGUUAUCACCCUCUCUCGCUAGAAGUCUGGUGCAGCUCCAAUGCUUUGAGAUAGAGGAUUGCAAUUGCUUAAGGGACAUCAUACUUACAGAGGAAAUUGAAGAAGAAAGGAAAGAUGUGAUUUGUUUCCCUCGAUUAAACUCCCUGCAUAUAGUGGGUCUUCCAAACCUCAUCUUCUUCAACUCAGGAAACCACAAUAUUGAGUUCCCAUUGUUGAAAGUGCUAAAGAUUGAGCGUUGCCCCAAGUUAAUAGAAUUCAUUAGUCAGAAUAGUAAUCAGUCCGGCAUGCACGCUCUCUUCAGUGAGAAGGUUGCAGUUCCUAGCUUGGAAGACAUGAAUAUCUGGGACUUGAGUAAUGUGAAGAUGAUAUUUUAUAAUGAGCUAGCACCAGGUUCCUUUAAAAAUCUACGAAAAAUAAGUGUUGUGGAAUGUGGGAGUUUGAAAAAUCUAUUUCCAGUAUCAAUAGCCAAAGAUCUUCCACAACUUGAACAUUUACGCAUCACUAAUUGUGGAGUUGAGGAGAUUGUAUCGAAAGGGGAUGGAGUGGAGGAGCAGCCUGUGAGGUUUAAGUUUCCGCAAGUAUCUUACCUUGAGGUUACAUGGGUAGAAAAGCUCAAAUGUUUCUACGAAGGGCAACAUGCAUUAGUCUGGCCGAUGUUGAAAAAAUUGAGAACAGAUAGUUCUGCUUUGCUAAAGAUAGUGGCAUCGGAACAUCUUAGAUUAACCCAAGGAAAUGAGCAGCCAGUUUUGUUGGUUGAAGAGGUCAUUCCCAAAUUAGAGGAACUUGAGUUAGGAACUUUUGGGGAUAUGGACCAAUUUCCACCAGACUUGUUUCAACAUAUUAAAGUUUUUGCAGUGAGUGGUGGCUCUCCAUUUUCUUUAUUUCCUUUCGUCCGAAGAUUCUACAAUCUGGAAAGACUUGAGUUCUCUUGUUUUGAUUUCGAACAUGUAGUCCCUUGUAAAGGAGACGCCGGGACACUCCCACCAAUUAGAAAUCUGAAAUUGUUUUCUGCCAGAAAUCUUAACCAUAUUUGGAGGAAAGAUUCGGAGCUUGACCAUAUUCUUUCUAAUCUUCAAACACUCACAGUUCAGCAUUGUGAUGAUUGGAUAAAUAUUAGAGUCUUCUCAUCAUCUUUACAAAAUCUCACAAUUUUGAAUGUGUCAUUUUGUAAUAUGAUGACAAACUUAGUCACACCCUCAGUACUUAAGAAUCUUGUGCAAUUAACGACAAUAAAGGUAGAAGACUGCACUAAAAUGACAGAAAUAGUGGGAAACGAGGGAGACUGUCAUCAGACAAUAGUUGUUAGUAAAUUGAAAUGUUUACAACUAUGCAAUUUGAAGAGCCUCACAAGCUUUUCUCCACGGUAUUACAACUUCGAGUUUCCUUGUUUGGAAGAAUUAGUUGUGGAAGAUUGUCCUUGGUUAAAGAUCUUUUCUGAGGGAGUUUUAAGCACCCCACAAUUACAGAGAAUAAAACAGUCGCGUUACGGUGAGAAAUGGAGUUGGACAAGUGACCUUAAUACCACCAUACAACAGCUCUACACAGAAAAGGAUGGACUCUAUUACCCAUAUCAUUUCAACAUCUCUGACACAUUUCCGGAGUCGAUAGAAAUAUGGACUAGAAACCCUCAAGAAAUUUUUGGCUUCAAAAACCUUGGCAGCCUGCAGUUUUAUAAAUGUAGCAGCUUGAAGUACAUAUUUACUCCGUCUAUGCUUUUGAGCCUCAAUCGACUACGAAGGAUAGAAGUGGAAGAAUGCAGUUCAAUGGAACAAGUAGUUAGGGAGGAGGAGGAAGCAAUGACACAUAAAUUUGCAUUUCUUUCGCUACGCUCCGUAACAAUUGAGUCGUGUUCCAACUUGACAAAUUUCCAUUGGGGAAGUCAAGCUCUUGAAUUUCCAGAGCUGAGUAAUAUCACGAUAGCUGAGUGUCCAAAAAUGACUGCAUUUUCUUCCUCAGUUUCAAGAGAGAGUGGUGAUGCAAGUGAAAGCGUGGUUGGCGAAGAGGGCAUCUAUGAUAACACUGCAACUUUUUUCAGCAAUAAGGUUGUCAUUCCUAGUUUGGAGAGUCUGGAUUUGUCCUCCAUCAACAUUCAUAAGAUAUGGCACCACUCAUCCUCCCCAUCUAUUGGAUACCUAAAUUUCUUGCAGGUGAAGAGGUGUCACAAUUUGAAAUACUUGUUCCCAUCUUUCUUAGCAAAAGAUCUUGUGCAACUCCGACGCCUUCAAAUUUUGGACUGUAAUAUGAUGGAACAAGUAAUAUUCACGGAUGGAUUGGUUGAGGAACAUCAAGGGAGGAAUCAGAUGUUUUUCUUUAAUCUACAUUUUCUGUGGCUAAUAGACCUUCCCAAACUCACAAAUGAACCUCAAAUUGGCCAACAUGUACAAGCAAGUAACUUGGAGGUUCAUAACUCAUCUCUCCUCAAUGAAAAGGUUGUUUUCCCUAGUUUGAAGAACUUGUGGAUUCAGAAUUGUGAUUCGUUAGAAGAAAUUAUUGAGCUACAAGGACUCAUUCCAGAUGAAUCACAGUCAACAUCAGCUGCUCAAUCUAUUGUGGCUGAAACAGUGACAACCAAGUUUGUAUUUCCCAAACUAAUAAACCUUGGAUUGGAUAAGGUGCCAAGAUUGAAAAGUUUCUGCUCUAGGAUGCAUACCACCCUGUGGCCUUCAUUGAAACAAAUGAGCGUUAUUGAAUGCCCCAAAGUACAGAUAUUUACUCGACAAAGUCCUGAGAGUCAGGUUGGAAUCUCAAACCAACAACCCUUGUUUUGCGUCAACGAGGACACUUUCCCUGUAUUAGAAAAACUAACACUGAAGACGAAUGAUAUGGUGAAGGGGAUAUGUGAUGGACAACUCUCAUUGCAGUGUUUCCAAAACCUUAAGCAUCUUAACCUCCAGUUCUUUCCUGAGACAUCCACUACUCUUCCGUAUUCCUUCAUUCGGUUGCUACCAAAGCUUCAGAAGCUUGUUAUAAACAAUGCUUCCAUUUUUGAAAUAGUCCGGUCUGAAGGACUUAGCGAAGAGGAAAGGCACACAUCGGUAUUCUAUCAGUUAAAGGACUUAAGGUUGUCUCAACUUCCAGAGUUGACGUUAAAGACUUUUAACCCGUCUUUGCUAUCUUUCAAAAAUCUAACAACACUGAAAGUUUCAAGAUGCCAUGGGUUCAUCAAUUUAAUCGCAUGCUCAACAGCUAAGUGCCUGACGCUACUAGAAAGAUUGAGCAUAGAUGAUUGUGAGAUGAUAGAGGAAAUCAUAGCGUGUGAGGCUGAAGAAAUACAAGGCAGCAUUGUAUUUCCCAAACUGAAGUAUUUGCAACUAAGCUGUUUGCCAUGUCUAGCAAGCUUUUCCUUGGCCCAUCACUCGUUGGAAUUCCCAGUCUUGCUAAUGGUGAAGGUGAUAAAGUGUCCAAAAAUGAGGAAUUUCUGCCAAGGAGAUUUAAGCACACCAAGGCUGGAACAAAUACACUUGACAAGAGAUGAGGAAGGUGAACUGCAGUGGGAAGGCGACCUUAACACUACCAUAAAACAUUUGUUCGAUGAAAUGAAUGUGCAAAAUUCUGAGGUGACGGAGGUUACUGAUCAGUUGCCCAAGCUGGAAUAA